AACUUGUUCCUUCUACCUGGGCAGUUGCCGGCAGGCGCCUCGGUGUAAUUUUGCCUCCAGUGUUGUGAAGCUGGUGAGCAAAGCAGGAGGAGAGACUUCCCACCGUCCCCACCCCCAGCUGGACUUUGCCCUCCCCUGCCUUCCUCUGCCUGCACUCUCUCGCUGUCUCCGCUCCCUCCUUGGAGCCCCGUUUGACACCGCGCACUCCGGAGGCUCCUGGAUGAGCAGGGAUCCCCUCAGGGGUGGCGUGGCCCCCCAUCCUUCCCGACGCUCGACACCUCUCCCUGAGCCCCGCGCUGGAUCAUGCAGUGCAUCCGAAGGCAGCCCAAGCGCAGCGUGUCCGAGGAAAACAUCCUACGGGAGCAGAGCCGUAGAGUGGCCGAGUUGAACGGCACCAGGCUGGGCCUGAAAGAUGACAAGGAUCUGAAGUUCCUCCUGAAAGGCAGCCAGCUGCUAAAAGUGAAGUCAGGCUCUUGGAGAAAGGAGCGGUUUUAUAAGCUCCAGGAGGACUGCAAGACCAUAUGGCAGGAAUCAAAGAAGAUGCUGAGGUCUCCGGAGUCACAGAUCUUCUCCAUUGAAGAUAUUCGGGAUGUGAGGUCAGGCCAUAAAACAGAAGGUAUGGAAAAAUACGCCAAGGAUGUCCCAGAGUAUCGCUGCUUUUCCAUCGUUUUCAAAGACCAGCGGAAAAACCUGGACCUCAUUGCGAGUUCGGAGGACGAUGCCAACCACUGGAUCUCCGGCCUUGGGAAAAUCAUAGCCCACAGCAACUCCAUGAACCAGAAACAGAAACUCCAACACUGGAUUCAUACCUGCCUGAGGAAAGCUGAUAAAAACAAAGACAACAAGAUGAGCUUGAAAGAGCUUAAGAACUUCCUGAAAGAAGUGAACAUUGAAGUCGAUGACUAUCAUGCCAAGAAGAUUUUCCAGCACUGUGACAAGUCCAAAACAGAGGCUCUGGAGGAUGAUGAGAUAGAGGAAUUUUACAAGAUACUGACAGAGAGGAAGGAAAUAGACAAGAUCUUCCAAAAGUACUCAGAUGCAGAAGGUUUCAUGUCCUGCCAGAACCUCGUGAGGUUCCUCUAUGAGACGCAGCAAGAAGAAGAUGCUGUUGUUGCUGCCCCUGCCUUAAUUCAGAAAUAUGAGCCCAAUGAAAGAGCCAAGAGGGGUAAUGCCAUGACCAAAGAUGGUUUCCUGAUGUACCUGCUCUCUGAUGAUGGGAAUAUAUUCAACUCCUCUCACCGUAAAGUUUACCAGGACAUGACUCAACCUCUCAGUCACUACUUGGUGUCAUCCUCACACAAUACCUAUCUUAUGGAAGACCAGCUGACAGGUCCAAGCAGCACAGAAGCCUAUAUCAGAGCCCUCACCAAAGGCUGCCGCUGUGUGGAACUGGAUUGCUGGGACGGCCCUAACUCGGAGCCUGUCAUUUAUCAUGGCUACACUCUCACCUCCAAGAUCCUCUUCAGCGAUGUCAUUAAGGCCAUCAAGAACUAUGCUUUCAAAACCUCGCCAUAUCCUGUCAUCAUCUCCCUGGAGAAUCACUGCAGUGUCGACCAGCAGAAGGUCAUGGCUCAGCACAUGACGACAAUCCUGCAGGACAUGCUCUUGGUUGCCCCAGUUGAUGGAAACAGAUCCCAGUUCCCCUCCCCAGAGCAAUUGAAAGGGAAGAUCCUUGUGAAAGGCAAGAAGCUGAGCAGGCAGGAGGACCCCACCGGAACAAAUGGGAACAACAAUCUGGAGGCUGAGGAUGUCUCUGAUGAAGACGAAGCAGCUGAAAUCGAAGAUGAAUCAGUAAAGACCGAGAUACAGCAGAAGGGGAAGAGUGACACCUUGAAGCUGGCCAAGGAGCUGUCAGACACAGUUGUCUACUGCAAGAGUGUCCAUUUCAAUGGCUUUGAGGACCCCAGCCAUCCCCGGGCAUUCUACGAGAUGUCAUCGUUCACGGAGAGCAAAGCUCUGAAACUAGCCCAGGAGUCUGGAACCAGUUUUGUUCAUCACAACAUCAGGCACCUGAGCCGGAUCUACCCUGCAGGCUGGAGGACAGAUUCUUCCAACUACAACCCCGUUGAUUUGUGGAACGUCGGCUGCCAGAUUGUUGCCCUAAAUUUCCAGACAGCAGGCACAGAAAUGGAUGUCUACCAGGGUCGGUUCCAGGACAAUGGGUUUUCUGGGUAUGUCUUAAAGCCGGAAUUCCUCCGGGAUGAGCAAACCAAAUUCAAUCCAAAAUCCAUCACAGAAGGAACAUGGGGGACAAAGAAGAAGCUUCUGCUUAAAAUCAUCUCUGGUCAGCAGCUGCCCAAGGUGAACAAAAGCAAAAACUCCAUUGUUGAUCCUAAGGUGACAGUAGAGAUCCACGGUGUCCAACAGGAUAACAACAAGAAGCAGACCAAAGUCAUUGAAAACAAUGGCUUUAACCCAAAAUGGGAUGAAGAGUUUACAUUUGACAUAGAGAUCCCUGCACUUGCCCUGGUCCGGUUUGUGGUGGAAGACUUUGACAUGUCGACCAAGAACGACUUCAUUGGGCAGUACACCCUUCCCUUCACUAGUCUGAAGCAAGGUUACCGCCACAUCCAUCUUCUGACCAAGAACGGAGACCCGUACUCCUCCUCCACCCUCUUUGUGUACAUCGAUAUCCAGGACUGGGAUUAGCAGCUCAGCUCUUUCAGGGCACAGUGAACCUCGUUACAGACCUAGAAGGAAUUCAGCCUGCGAAGUCUGACAAUGUCAGGGUCCCAACAAAUCCCCAGUGCCUUCUCUGGAGCAGGACAUGGUGCUCCAUAGGACCCCUGAUGUGAAAUAGCCAUCAACCUUCUCCAUUCUGCAUGCUGGGAACACCCUAAUGCUGCCGUUGAGAUUAAUCCUUUUGUACCUGUUUGACCAAUCCGCCUGUGGUUUUGGUUCACUUUAUUUAGUGUGGUUUUUUUUAAAUUCUGCUUUUAGCGAGAGGAUAGGGACUCCUUUUUAGCAAAGUACAGCUCUUGGGUUGGGUUCGGUCAGAUAUCUGGACAAAACACCCAACAACUGCGCAAGAAAAAAAUCCACCCCACCACUGAAAUCAGUGGCCAGACGCCAGGUGAUUUCUUGCGACUUCAGAUGUCAGCCAUCUUUCACCGUAUGAAGUCUUAAACGGGGACGCAAUUCUCCUCUUUCCUGUUACAGAUUGAAAAAGAAAGCAGCACGACAAAGGCCCGUGUUAUGUAACUCGACUUUCCUUUUGUAUUAUAAUAAAAAAUACAUGAACACUACUCCGCCUGCGUGCCUGGCGCUCAGCCAGCUCGCUUUGCAGUCAAAGCCCGGCUCUCACCCUGUGAAGGAGAAAGAAGCUGCCGAACGGCAGGUUUCCCUCUAACCCAAAGUGAAACCCCCUCAAAGGGACCUCAGAGAACGUCUUUUGCCGAUGACGGUGGAAAGGCGCUCAACUGACAGUAGGGCUCUUCUUCUUUUUUUUUUUUUUUAUGUGGUAAAACUUUCUUUGUUUUGUGUUUUUAUAGAAAAACGUCAUUUUUUAACGCAGAGGAAGUGGUAGAGGUAGCCUAGCACAAACAGACAAGAGCGGUUUGAACAGCGACAGUAUUUAUGGCAAAAGGUGAUCUAUCUUCAAGUACAACCACAGAGUUAAGGGAAUAUUGUUGAAAUAGAAUAAUAUAUAUUUUGAAGUGCCAACUAUGUUACUAACAAUAUGUUAGACUAUUAAAAGUAAAAAAAAAAAUAUCUGGAAAAGUCCAAUUACUUGUCACUAUUUGCCUCUUUGUCUUACUUGAAUGCAACACACAUGAAGUUGGAGCUAGACGUGCUUAAUUUCUUAAAGCUCUCAGUCUUUCUGGGGUUUUUCAUGCCUGGUGGUGUAGGGGACGGGCUGCUACCAACGAGGUUAAUGUCCUUUUAAGCAAAUUCCGAUCCACUCACUCCCCCACCUAUUUUUGAUUCCAAAAUAACCUGGAUUUAGUGAUUUUUUGGUCCACUGCAAAACUGGAUUUCAUUUAGUCCUGCCUGGAGUUUGUCACGCUGCAGCAGUAAUUGCUGGACACAUUGAUUUUUUCCUCUUCACUACGAUAUCGUGUGAUGUUGUAAACCAUUGCCAAUUAAAUGUGAAUCAUAUCCACAACUCAAAGGCUCGUACUGAAUUAACUUGAAAGAGUUCAAGUGUGGCAGAGGCCACCGAGGCAGAACAGGGUGUCCUGCAGUGACAGGGGCUGUCUCUCAACUCACCUCUGGGAUGGGGCAUGUUGUAUCGGGAGACUCCUUUGAAGGCCAAAGCUGGAACAUCCUUGAUUCCAACUUGGGGACAGCCUGAGUUCGGUCCCAGCUCCCAGGAUGCUCUGAGCAUUUUGUUUUGAGGAGCCAUGAGAUAAAAUGCAUGAACGAUGGAUACCCAAGACUGCCCUGUGCCACGCAGGUACCAGCCCUCACCUGCCUGCUGUGGCCAGCACUAGAGAAGUGAUGGACAGGGAGUGGGAAGCGAUGUGGGGGCAGGACCACACUAUCCAGGGCCAGGAUGGGCUUAGAUGGGCUACGCAGAAAAGCCAGGGUUUCCUCUGCCUGUUGUACACUUAAAUAAAGGUAGGAAAGAUCCAUGGGAAGAGAGAACAUCCCUCAUCAGGUAGGAGAGUUGGGCAAAAACUACUGGAGCCAGGCGGGAAAGUAGCUGAGACGGAGAUGGGAUGGACCAGAGCAUGAUGGACAAUGCUGCAAGAUGUGUUCUCUCCCCACAGGAAGGGACAUGGUCCAUGCCAUUAUCAAGGGACCUCAUCUCUGAGCAGAUUGGGAAGUUCUGGAGCCCCACUCUGGGGAAAAGCUCCUGUAAAAAGAGCAGCAGAAAGAGGACAUGGCUCACCGUGAAAGGGGCAACUGACACAAAAGGGAGGAUGUGGGUGAGCAGCUUUCCUUCAGAAAUCAGAGGCUGAGAGUAAAACCAGCUCUGCCCAGGAGGAGAGGAGAGCAGCAGCAGUUUCCAACGGGCCCAAAUAUCAGUGGAAUUUAUUAUCUGCAAAAUCCCAUGCCCCAUGCUCUGAUAGUGUGUGUUGGUGAGUAUCGUGGCAACAGGAAUUAAAACAAGUUGUAGCAAACUGGCCUAAUCUCCCUAAUCCAAUGGUAUUUCCGCUGGUCGCCAUUUGAUCGCACGAUGCUCGUUAGGCCCACGCUCAGGGCUGAUAGGUGGCAUUGCUGCAUUUUGUUGAGGAGCACAUACGCUUCGUUAAUCCGGGAGCUGGCAGGAGCACGCCGCAGCAGGGCGACGCAAAUAUUGUUGCUUCCAGCAGUGGCAAUAGAGGCUGAAACAGGGAUAAUGUGCACUGAUUGUAUCCAGCGUGAGCACAACAGGAGCAAUCACGCAGGUAAUUUGGCUGAUUACUGUCGCUGCUUGACUCUUACCUUAGUCUGGGUUCAAUGGGUUUUGGGCUGGACCCUCAAGCAGAAGUGGGAUGAAAGGGUGGCAGGAGCAUGGAGAUAAUGACAGGGUGGUGGUUUACGUGAAGUAACUACCAGUUCUUAAACACAAAGAUCUGUCCAGAAGAACCCCAUCUCCUGGAGGUCCCUGCCUCCAGCCCACCACCUGCAGCUCCUCAGCUUCAUCCCCGCAUCCCUGCUGCAGCAGUGGGCAGUCAGGCCAACUGCUGACUGGCCGAGUACCCACCAUGGGCAAUGGAGGGGCUUCAGGAGCAGGGUACGUGGGCGUGGGGAGACAAAUGGUCCUGGCUAUGUGGUGUUUGGGAACAGAGGGGGCCCCACCUUCUCAGUUUAUUCUUUUCAAAAAAUCCCAAAUCCCUUUAAAGACCAGACGUUUGAAGGAGCUGUGGCCCUGCAGAGCUUUCUCUCCACUGCCGUCCUACCCCACACGCUGA